AAAGAUAGUACACGUUAGUUUUGACAGCGUCUGAAUCCCGGAGGUUACCCACACACUCACACACAGAGCGACCGGCUCGGGAGGCAAUGGAGCUCGCAAGGUGCAGCCGGCGCGACUUCGGGAGUCAGCUCCUCGGCAGGGAGAAGCCGCUGCUCGUCGUCCUCUGGCUGCUGGGCGCCCUGGCUUGGCGAUGCCGGGCGGACAGCGCCAUGGAGGAGAUCGCCACCGAGAAAGAGGCGGAAGAAACCCACCGGCAGGACAGCGCUAAUCUGCUGCUGUUCAUCUUGCUGCUUACGCUCACCAUCCUCACUAUAUGGCUGUUCAAGCACCGCCGCUUUCGUUUCCUCCAUGAGACGGGCUUGGCGAUGAUAUAUGGGCUGCUAGUGGGAGUCAUCCUAAGAUACGGCAUCCCCUCCACCAAUGGCCAUGGCAAGGUUCCGAUCGGCUGUGCACUGCAGGACAGGGCCGUGACCACGCUACUGGUGAAUGUCAGUGGAAAGUUCUAUGAAUAUUCCUUGAAAGGAGAGAUCAAUUCCGGAGAAAUCAACAAUGUGGAACAGGAUGACAUGUUGAGGAAGGUAACCUUUGAUCCAGAUGUUUUCUUCAACAUUUUGCUACCUCCAAUCAUAUUCUAUGCAGGAUACAGCCUCAAAAAGAGACAUUUCUUCAGGAAUCUGGGCUCCAUCCUGGCAUACGCAUUUAUUGGAACUGCGGUGUCCUGUUUUGUCAUAGGAAACUUCAUGUACGGCAUUGUGAAGCUGAUGUAUGCAGUGGGACAGCUUGAAGAUGGGUUUUAUUACACUGACUGCCUAUUCUUUGGCGCUAUCAUUUCUGCAACUGAUCCUGUCACUGUCCUUGCCAUAUUCAAUGAGCUUCAAGUGGAUGUAGACCUUUACGCCCUGCUGUUUGGAGAGAGCGUGUUGAAUGACGCCGUCGCUAUUGUGCUCUCGUCGUCAAUUGUGGCGUACCAGCCAGCAGGUGAGAACAGCCACACUUUCGAUGCUGCUGCUUUCUUCAAGUGUGUGGGAGUCUUCCUUGGAAUAUUCAGUGGCUCUUUUGCCAUGGGGGCAGUGACGGGAGUGCUUACUGCUCUGGUCACCAAGUUCACCAAACUGCACUGCUUCCCACUCCUGGAGACGGCACUGUUUUUCUUAAUGUCCUGGAGCACCUUCCUGCUGGCAGAAGCCUGUGGCUUCACUGGUGUGGUUGCAGUUCUUUUCUGUGGAAUUACACAGGCUCAUUAUACCUACAACAACUUGUCGCCUGAAUCAAGAGAUCGAACAAAGCAGUUAUUCGAAGUUCUGAAUUUCCUGGCUGAAAACUUCAUAUUUUCCUAUAUGGGUUUGGCGCUGUUCACGUUUCAGAAUCACAUCUUCAACCCUAUUUUCAUUCUUGGAGCUUUUAUCGCUAUCCUGCUGGGCAGAGCCGCAAAUAUUUACCCUCUGUCUUUUUUCCUGAACUUGGGCAGAAAACACAAGAUUGGUUGGAAUUUCCAGCACAUGAUGAUGAUUGCAGGUUUGAGAGGAGCCAUGGCCUUCGCCCUUGCUAUCCGAGACACCGCCACGUACGCCAGGCAGAUGAUGUUCACCACCACCCUGCUGAUAGUCUUUUUCACUGUAUGGGUCUUCGGUGGGGGCACCACACCAACGUUGUCAUGGCUGCGGAUCAGAGUCGGUGACCCGCCUCCGUCGGCUGAGGAUCUGGGCGAUAUCCACUGGAGUUACUUCAGAGUUGGAGUUGAUCCAGACCAGGAUCCUGCACCCAACAAUGAGAGCUUCCAAGUGAUUCAAGGCGAUGUUACACACCCUGAAAGGACUAGCAGGACGAAGCAGGAAAGUGCAUGGCUCUUCAGGCUGUGGUACAGCUUUGACCACAAUUAUCUGAAGCCAAUGCUAACUCACAGUGGUCCCCCGCUCACAGCUACUCUGCCCGGCUGGUGUGGUCCAAUUGCACGGUGCCUGACAAGUCCUCAAGCAUGCGAAAAUCAAGAACAGCUCCGGGACGAUGACUCUGAUCUCAUACUUAAUGACGGCGACCUGAAUUUGACUUAUGGAGGGAGUACACUAACUGCUAAUGGCUCGUCUGGCUCGGGCACCGCAUCCAACAGUGUGGACGGCAAGAGAACCAAGAGCAUCUCGGAAGAUGCACUGGAACAUGAUCUCGGGACAGAAGACCACGAACUCAUUACCAGAGGCACCAGAUUAGUUUUCCCUUUGGAAGAUCACGCUUGACAGCAAUAACGUCAGUGAGGCGCACAGCGGCCUAAGAAGGAUCAAAGCCUAUUUUGUUCUUGGCAGUGGGACUGAACUGGUUUGCCUGUGUGUUUUCUUUAUUUUCCCCCUCAUCUUUCUCCUCAAAACCUCUUGGCUCAGCUUCUCACAGUGCAAGAAUGUGAAGACAUCUGUGUGUGGCAUUUCGUUAAGCUUUAACUUUGGUAUGAAAAUGCCAUGACUACUGUAUUGUUGGUGCCAUCGCUGUGCAAUUAGUUCAUUGACUGACUGACUUAGCCUCAACACUGUGAUGCUUCUCUUAAAACCCCAGUUAAGAGUGCGUGUACGCUGGUGUGGCACGACAGCACCGAAAACAAUCGCGUCACAUGAUGCUGUCGACCUCUGGCGUUGUCGACACCAGCAUCGUGCGCCAGCUGCGGUGAGUGCUCGGCCAGCCUUUAGGUUCAAAGUAAUAAAAGAGAGGGCGAGGGGUUGUACCAACUAUACACACUUCUAAUCCCAGAGAAGCGUCAGCCAUCUCUCUUCUGCCACUGGAGGUGACAUGACCUCAGUUCCUGGUGCGCAGAGUUCUGGUCGCAUGUUACAGUUUGCACUUUUUUUAAAAAAACCUCCCCAGUGAUGUGAGCAGUUGCUUCGAACACAUGUUUGCACCUCCCCACCCCCCCAUGUUGGUCCAACUUCAGGUGACUGGCACUACAGGAGAAAUGUCUUCUGAGUGAUACUGAAACCUCAGUGAACAGUGAAAUGGAAUUCUAUCCUUCAAAGAGUCUGUGAUAGAGAAAGGACUAUAAGCUUACUGCUUAAACUGAAGGCACAUUGUUUUCUUGCUGUUGGUUUUGAUGUUGCGAAAUGCACCUGUGUGCUUGCAUCAGAGCAGUUUGUGGCUGCUGUGUCCUUUUGUUGAUAUAUUUAAAAUGUCAUUACAUGAAGUUCACUGUUUUAAUACUGAUACUUGUUAGCCAACAAUUACUUUAAACAAAGAAAGAUGUAAUGGGAGAAGUAGACUUAGAGAUUGUAUGAAUUUUCCUAAAUUCACUGGACUUUGUCACAAUGUGCUACCGCCACACCAAAACAUUUUUUCAUUGUUGUUCUCACCUCAGCGCGGAUAACUGACCAUUUCUCUAGGAUCUCUUUCACCUGCUAGGGACGUGGAAAGGUUGAGAAUUUAUAUCUCCUUUUGGUCAUUUCUGGACAGUGGCUGUUUAAAAUGCUGAUGAAUUGGAGCGAUGUCUAGCCAAAGAAAAUUACUGAGUAUGUCUUGCAAUUUUUUUUUAAUGGCUGUAAGAUUAUUUGACUUUUGCUUCCUUUUCCUAUCACUUUAAGGGGCCGUGUUCCUGGGUUUCAUUGGAAUAGUGGAAAUAAGCAGGAGGAUGGUGGUGAAAGUUUCUAUGGAGAAUGAAUGGAAUCGGUGUGACUAGCUUCUCUUCCUGCUCCCAGCAUCAACUGUCCAUCAGGGUCAGAUGCUACAAUUGCACCUAUUAUUGAUUCAUUCUCCCAGUAGGCAUCAAAGUACGUUUCCCCUGCUUUUCACUUGGCUCAAAAAGUCAAACUAAGCUGAUCUCAAUCUUUGUGGAAAUAAAGCAGCAUGUUGAAUUCUUCAGGAUGGAGAUUUCCAAUGUUGCUCGUGUAAAAACCAGGUAAUUUGAGGGAGGUACCUCCUCCUGUUCAAAGAAUCUUGAUCGGAAAAUGUACCUUGCGGUGAAAGAGGCAGGUUUUUUUCUCUGCUUUGGUUAGAGGAAGUGCAUGCAUUGAAGCGGACAUGGUGAGAGGACAAAAGGUGGCAGAUGUUCAGCAAAGUAUGCUGCUGUCCAUUGCAACUUGUUCAUUUAGUGAACUGCUUGAUGGAGUUGGUCAGCAGCAGAGUUUUAGCAAUUUUGUUCAGCAGCUCCUGAAGUGAAAGACGAUGCAGAGCCUAAUCAGGCCUUGUAAUCUAUUUAUUUUCAUCCGUCCUUUUUGAUGAUGUGUGAAAGUUGGAGGGCACGUUCCAUUAAAAAAAAAUUUCCAUAAGGCAAAUGCAAGAGUUUUUAAAGUCCAUGAUAGUUCCCAGAAAAUGUUUGUUUGAAAUAAUCAAAUAUUAGGAUUUACUGGAACUGAUUUUUUUCUCUUGAUUUUUGUGUUUUAUUUGCCAAAAGCUUCGUGGGCAUGGCAUACUUCAUUUUGUACUUAAUUUCAAUUCAACCAAGGGUUUGUAGUGUAGAGGGAAUAGUGAGCUGGUCUGAAUUAGUUGUUUUUAAUUAAGAUGGUCCCAAAAUCUAAUGCUUUGAGUAUGUAUUUCCUCAAGGUGCUUUAGCUUAAUGAAAGGAUUUAUUAUGGAAAAUUCAGUUCAUUGUUCUUUGUAAUGGCUUCAAUUUCACAAAGAUGUAAAUUCGAAAAUGGAGAAUAAGCUCGAGGGAGCAAAAUAGUUGAAGAUGUAAAUGAGUGUCACAAAGUCAAUAUUUUUGUAGUUAUGGCUCAGAUACCGUGCAUUUAAAUGUUUUUCUUGGGAUUGUUAGCCACAGUAGUGUUUUAAUCUUGAAAGUUGGUUUCAUCAAAACCCUGGUUCUCAUCUUCUGUGCUUGUUCUUCUCCACUGUCAUGCCACGGACCGAAAAUGGAGCUGAACCAAGUUGAAAGCAGGGUUGAGUAUAUAUAUAGUCACGAUAAUGGAGGAAAUGGGCAUUUCUAUACAUUGAGCUCUAUUACACUUGUUUCCAAAAUAUGCCCCACGCUUGCAGAAGCAUUCUGGCAGCUUUGGUCAGGAAUACUGAACGAUUCCCUUGCAAGUUACAAACAUACCCCAGGCACAUUUUAGUGGCUCAUCUCUGAUCCAACAGCCUUCCUUAAAAUUUUCUUUUGGUGGGUUUAUUGGAUGUUAUUUUGUCAUUCAGAUUGUGAUUCUAGAACCUAUUUCAUUUGAAGUUUGUUGUUCAAAUUUGAUUGGUGAUUACACUGUAUUCUGGAAACUACAAUUUUAUUUGCACUGAAAAACAAAACUGAAGUAUCCGUGUUACCUCUAGAAGCGUAAAGAUGUGCAAAGUUGUAUCGCUAAAAUUAUGUUGUAUUUGUUUACUUUGCUUUAUAUAAUAUUUCUAAGUGUAAUCUGAGUCUAAGUCUACUUCCUGCUAAGUCCUGCUAAACCAGGGGUUCACAACCAUUUUAUUUAUGCAUUAACUGAGGGGUCUGUGGACCCCAAGUUGGGAACCUUGGUGUUAAACAAAAGAAGGGCUAUGGGAAAGGGGCUUUGGGCACAGUGGAGAGUUCGGAUGAAGGUGAGGAAGAAGUAGAGAGAUUAGGGCCAAGGAGAUGGAAGACUGUGCCGUUUGGUAAGGUGAGAAAAAUCAGGGCCACUUGUUAAAAUGUGCUGUUCUCUCAGACAGAUAAGUGAGAGAUUAACAUGACAGCAGAAGUGAGAUUGGUCUCUGGUUGGAAUAGAUUGAUAUAAAUUAGGAAUAAGUGACAGACCAAGAGUCACGGUUGUUCAGUGACCUCGGGGGGUGGGGGUAUAGGGGAAUAGAUCACUGCAUGUUAGUUGAAGAGUUAGCAACAGAGUUUUGGGUGAUAAAUAUAGGCGUGUAAAAGACUGGCAAGGGAACAAUUAGAAUUACCAAAUCCAUUGUUGACAAGGGCGUAGACAAGGGAGCCAAUGGACUAAUAAAGGUAGAGUGGUGUCAGGUGAUAUUACUGAAGCGGAGGUACACUGUCUUAGUGAUGAAUGUGAUUUGGCUGCAAAACCUUGAGUUAACACCAAGACAGUCAUUGGAGACGUGGACGCAUUCAAGCGCAGCUAAAAAUGACGUGCAUUUACCAAUUUUGAUGGAAGCUGUGGUAUUUCAGCACCCGUUCUGGAAAUGGGUUUCUCCAAUUGACUGACCUUGCUCAGGGUGGCUCUUUAUCCCCAGAGCCUUGUUAAAUAACUGCCACCAACUGGCCCAAACUCUACUUUUAAAGCUUUAGAAUUGUUUUUGAACUUAAUUGUGUUCCUUGUAGUGGUGCAGAUCACCCCAUUUCUCCAAAUAAAAAUUUAUUUGCACCUGGAAGUGUAUAUGCACAAAGCAUGGACGCAAGUGCUAAUUUUGCCCCCUCUGACAUGGCAUUUUUUUUUAAAGUAUAUGGCCUUCGUGGAAUGACUUGGAAAUGUUUUCAUGUUAUUAGACAACAGACUCCUCAGUGAUCUCUGGUGUAAAUCACAUGAUUAGUAUUUGGUCCUUAUGGCAUUUUCGCCAACAAUCGGAUGGGAUGGAGGGAGCUGCAGCUUUUCAAGUGAUUUCUGUUGAAUUUAAUUUCUCAUCCCUUUUGUAAAAUUGGGGUGACUUUGCAAAUCCUGAGGCUUCAGUUUAGCAUAUUCAUUCUCUGGGGAAGAAGAUGCUCUUUGGCCACCACUGUUCACUGAGCACAGCAGUGUUGGCUAUUUGAUCUCAUACCUUCCCAAUAUUCCAUCCCAUUUAUUCCACAGAAGUGAACAAUACAAGGGUUUGUAGCAGGCAGCCUAGCAGAGUAUUACAGUGGUGAUAAAGGGCAUACUGAACCAGAUGUUCAAAAUGUCUUGUGCUGUUUUAUGUACAUGCUCUGUUAAUGUGUUUUCUGCAGCUACUAAGUACAAAA